UCAUGCCGGUGUAUAAUGCAUCCUGCUGGCUGGAUGAGUGCCUGCAAGCCAUAUUAGAGCAAGACUUCACUGGAUCCAUGGAGCUGUCAGUCCAUGACGAUGCGAGCACUGAUGACUCCAGGAAAGUGGUGGAGGGUUGGAGGGAGAGGCUGGAGGCGAGGGGCAUCUCAGUUGUGAUCUCUGGACACAACUCUGCCAAACCAAGAGGAGUGGGAUAUGCAAAGAAUAAGGCAAUAUCUCAGAGCUGUGGAAAAUACUUGUGCUUUCAGGAUGCGGAUGAUGUUAUGUUGCCUCAAAGAGUUCGUCUGCAGUAUGAGGCGUCUCUCCUCCACCCAAACUCUCUGAUCGGCUGUAGAGUCCAGAGGCUUCCAGAGGGAUCUACAGAGCGUUACACCCGCUGGAUCAACACAACGACUCAGGAUCAGCUCAUCACACAGGUGUACACAUCUCAUGGCCCCACCGUUGUCAUGCCGACGUGGUUCUGCUCAAGGAACUUGUUCCUGAAGGUUGGACCAUUUGACGAGGGAGGCAAGGGAGUUCCAGAGGAUCUGCUCUUCUUCUACCGGAGUCUUCGUCUGGGAGGGGGUCUGUCCAGGGUUGACCAGUGUCUGCUGGUCUACCGUUACCACGAGAAGGCCGCCACCCACUCUGUAACAGAGGAAACCAUUUGGAAGCUGCGUGUGGACUUCCUGCAGGAGAGAGUACUCAGCCAAUGGGAGGGCUUCACCAUAUGGAAUGCCGGGAAACAGGGCCGGAAGCUGUACCGAUGCCUGAGCCCAACCAAUCAGAAGAAAGUCAAAGCUUUCUGUGAUGUGGACGAGAACAAGAUCCAGAAAGGCUUUUACACAUAUGAGGAAUCCAAGGAAAUACCUAAGCCAAAAAUCCCAAUUCUACACUACAAAGAUGCCUCCACCCCCUUCAUUAUCUGUGUUAAACUGGACAUGACAGGAGGUGUUUUGGAGGAGAACCUUAACUCUUUGCAGCUGAAGGAAGGAACAGAUUACUACCAUUUUAACUGACUGCUUGGAGAGAUGGGGAAGAUAUGAGGAGCCCUGCAGCUUCAACAGGCAAAGGAAAACAGAGCCAUGCUGGCAGGCAAGCAAUGGCACCAACAUGGUCCGUGGGUAUCUGUAGCACAGUUCACUACUUUGGACCAAACAAGAAUAUCUCACAAACUAAAAGGGUAGGUUCCCAUGAUAUUUUGUUCAUAUACCCAUAUAUACAAACACUUUUCCUAUAGUGCCACCAUAUGUUGACGAAUGUGGUUUUGAGCUAAAUGUCAUGAUUUACAUUGUCACAAACAAAUUGAUGGAUUGCCAUGAAAUUUGGUGCAGAUACUCACAACCUCUGCUCACUGUGCCUUUUGCGAUGUACUGUAUUUGAGUGAAACAUCAGGCUUGACAGUUCUUUGUUGACACUCAAAUUGAAAGUAUAUGAAGUCAUGGAGCUGUAAGGUGCUUUGGACAAAUGUUCACCAAAUGGACUCCAUAUAUUUCAGAAUGUAACGAAUCAAAGUGAGUUGUUUAAGUAAGACCACGCUCUGUCUAAUACUUCCUGUCUCCUUUACCCACUCUGCCCUUGUGAUAAAGCACUUGGUAGGUGAUCAGAGUGAGCUCUAAUGGAGAAUCUAUGAAAGAGACUGAGGAAGAGAGUAAACAGAGCUUUACUCUGUGUUUACACUCUGUCUCUCUGCAGACAUCAGACCUGAUAACACACACACACACACAAUGAAUGACCCUGACCCUGGAGCCUGCUUGCCCUCACUGGUCAAAUAAACCUGCACGUGUAUAGGAAAAAAGUGCACACAUACACACACACACACAAACACACGCUCAUACAGCUGCAUGUCCUCUGGCAGUGCAGCAGAUAAGGGAGAGAGAUAAGAGUUGGGUGUGUUUGGGUGAACAGAGCUCGCAGAGGUCAGACACUGAAGGCUUUUUCAUUCACAUGGAACGUUACCACAUUCCUUUGUUUGAACAUAUCUGUCUUUCUCCAAGUAAGGUAUGUGUGUGUGUGUGUGUGUGUGUGUGUGUGUGUGUGUGUGUGUGUGUGUGUGUGUGUGUCACUGAAAAGAGAGACUGGUAACAUGCUGGGGCUAUGCUGCCCCAUUUUUCCCAGUUUUACUGCUCCUGUAGUUCCUGCCCUCUUCCUUUCUAAGGCAGCAUGAAGUUAUGAGUAAUGUUUUUCCUCCCUCAGCAACUACUGUCAAGCUACCCUGAUGCAAAGCACUCAACCUCCCAUCAGAUCCAGUGCAACUACUCAGUCGGCCCCUGUGAAUAAAUAAAGGUUGUCUAAAAGAGAGAGGAGUGUGCUGCUCACGAGUAACACAGAAACUAAGGUCGCUAAGGUUGAAAUCAGAGAUAGAGGAAUGUGUGUAUGUGGCUCUGUGAGGAAGGAGUGUGUGGACAGACGAAGCGUUCCUUCUGUCAGGCCGCUUGAGAAGAGCCAGGUGACGGCAGGGGGAUAAGGGGAGCAGGUCAGAGGCUCUGCUGCUCUGUAAAUACUUCAUGUGGUGAAGGAGCACAUGAGGUCAAACAGCACAUCAGCAGCUCAGGUCUCCUCUUCAAGCUUCUAUUCCUUUUACAGUGAAAUUGAAUGUAUUUAAAAUCUGGAGAUUUUGUGUGUGU